UAUUAAACUUCUUGGAUAAGAUACAAAAUAAUUUAAGUUUGCUGAAACAUACAUUAAGAUUAAAUUGCUCAAGCAUUUGUGCAAAUUUACAGUUCUAUUUGAGAUUUUAAAUUAGUAGUAUUAAAAAAAGAGACAACAGGUCCCAAAUGGAGUUACUUGUGCUAAAGACCAUGUCAGCAAACCAGGGCUUAAUACCUAACCUAACUGCAAUUUCAACGUAACCUUUAGUCAACCUGGAAUUACCUGGUCAGCACUAGAUGAGGUCAUCUGCCAUAGGCCCCUCCGUUCCCCUUAGGAAGGCAACCUUGCCUGUAACAAUACAUUCUUUGCUAAUAAUUUUCUUUUUCUGCCCCUUUUCUACCUUUAAAAACCUUUCUUCUUCUCCAGUGUGGUGGAAACAAUUUGAUCUUUAAAUUUACUCUAUCAAAUUUUUCUUAUUUAACCGUAGCCUGUAUAGGUUUUAGUUUUUGCCCCUGAGUGCCUUAUAGGCGCUGCUAAGCCUCUGAUAAAUAUAAUUCCAUGAAAGACUACUCCUUUGAAAAAAAAAAAAAAAGAACAACUCUCCAUAAAAGAACUUUAAUAAGCUUGACUAAAUAUUUAGAAAGCAUAUUGUGUUGAGUGAAACUUUGAAUGUAAUAAAUAAUGAGAGUAAUAGAAGGUACUUUUGGAUGACUGGUUUGUAAUUGUCUCAAGGAACACAUACAAAGAAAACAAGUUCUUUUGAUUACUUCCUCAAACAGCCAACACAAUGGGGAAAGUGGAGGAAAUGUCACGUGAACACUAUAAAAAGGGAACCAGAAAGCCUAACAUGUAAACUUGGAGAAAUGACAGCAUUAGAAAACAAACCUACAAAAGAGAACACCUUCUAGUGUAAGCUGAGAUGCGCAAAAGAUAGAUAUUCUCUAGUAGUGGAGCUUUAUCAAGUCUGCCAAGAGACAAGUGGAAUAGUUUACCUUCAACAUGAUUAACAAGCCUUUCUUUGAAAUUGUGUUGGUGCUGCUGGCUUUUUCCACCAUCUUCUCCCGAGAGUUGAAACCGAUUCUUUUCCAACAAAGAAGAGUAAACAGAGAGAGUUUAAAACUCCUGAAUAAAUUGCGGACCUCAUCAAUUCAGCAGUGUCUACCACAUAGGAAAAACUUCUUGCUUCCCCAGAAGUCUAUGGAUCCUCACCAGUAUCAGAAAGGACACAUACUGGCCAUUCUUCAUGAGAUGCUUCAGCAGAUUUUCAACCUCUUCAGGGCAGUUAUUUCUCUGGAUGGUUGGGAAGAAAUCCAAAUGGAUAGAUUCCUCUCUGAACUUCAUCAACAGCUGGAAUACCUAGAAACACUCAUACGACUGCAAGCUGAACAGAGAAGUGGCAUCUUGGGUAGUGAGAACCUUAGGUUACAGGUUAAAAGUUACUUCCAAAGGAUCCAUGAUUACCUGGAAAGUCAGGAAUACAGCAGCUGUGCCUGGACCAUUGUCCAGAUAGAAAUCAACCGGUGUCUGUUCUUUAUGAUCCAACUCACAGGAAAGCUGAGCAAACAAGGAAUGGAUCCUUGAACCUUGUGGAGCAAGAGCCAACUGCAGGCUUUAAAAGUAUAGGGUAGGUGGAGGAGUGGGAGGAUUUCUCCAGACGCUAUUCUUUCUUUUGUCUUAAAAUGGUAGUAUUGCUUUGGUUUUGUGUGUGUAUAUACAUGUAUAUAUACACAUUGAUUUGUGCUUUAAGAUUAUACAUACUGACUACAAUUGUUUUUAUUUUGUGAUGUCACUUUGUAUUUUCUAUCCAUCUUAUAUUUUUGAGUUGAAUGAUUCAUUUAUAUUUCAUAAUUAGUGCUUCAAAUGGUUACAUUUUCAUAAAAAUUGGCAAUAUAAUGGAAUGUGUCU